CUCCUGCCGAGUGUCUCUCGUUCAUUUUACAUCUCUGACUCCAACCCCAUCCUGGCCCUGGGCGAUCAAGUCAGAGAGAGGCAUCUCUAUACAGAGAAUCACCAGAGAGGAAUGUACCUGGAGAUAAGGCCCGACGGGACGGUCUCAGGAAGUUCAACUCGGACCGCUAACAGUGUUUUGGAGCUGAGAUCAGUGAAACCAGGCCAGACGGUCAUCAGGGGUCUUUCCUCAUCCCUCUACCUCUGUCUGGACGGCAGGGGGCAUCUGAACGGACAGAGCCAGUACAAGGAGGACGACUGCACCUUCCAGGAACUACUGCUAGCAGACGGGUACACCCGCUUCCUGUCUGCCCGCCAUGGACUUCUUGUGUCUCUGGCGUCCAAGCCUUCCCAGAGGCAGUUUCUGCCAUUCACACUGUUCCUACCCCUCAUCAACGGUUUGGCGAGGGACGGUCUGCCCAGUCAACCGUCGCAAAGUCAAGGAAGUUUCGACGCGGACUCGGAGGACCCGCUAGGGAUGAGGCUGAACUCAAUAAUGAGUCCUCUGUUCUCCAUGAACAAGUAG